GAAAAUAUGAAUAAUGUGCCCCCGAAGCAGUCAAUGUCUAAUGAAGAAGUUUAUUCUGGCUUUCAAGUUCUUAGAAGUGAACAAAGGAUCCUGGCUAAUAAGUUGACAGAAAUGGAAGCUGAAUUGAACGAACACAAGACGACAUUGCUACAAUUCCUCUGACCUCUACUCCAAAGAAAUCGCUAUCUACUGAAGUAUUAGUACAUAAAGAUAAUUGCUUUGACAAUAAUUCACCACCUCCUAUGGAAGAUUUAGAUAUCGUUGAUGACUGUGAUGGUAUUAACAAGCAACAACAGUAUUUUUCGUAUAGAAUUGAAUAUAACGCCGAAGAUACGAAAAAGAAGGAAAUUGGAUUUUGAUCUGAAUAUUAUUCCACAAUCAAAAAAACUACCUGCUAUUUCGGAAUGUACAAUUACUAAUGAUUCUGCUGUGGUUCAUUUUGAUAACACUGACAAUGAUUCACUACCUUGUCAAUCUCCUCUUUCUUCACAAGUUCAGUCAUCUCACAAAGAAAUAGAUAUAUUGUCGCAUAAUUUACUUCAGAAAAAGCAAAAUCUCAAGCACAGGAAUACUGGUAUUGUAAAAAGUAAUGUAUGUUCUAACAAAAAAGAAGACUAUCAAAUUAUUAGUGAUUUGAGGAGCGAUGAUGAUGAUGAUAAAAAUGUUUCGGUAUCUUCUACUGAUUGCUUAUACUUUUCUAAAUUUGGGCAUAAAGAAAGCUUUACGAAUAAUGACGGUGUUACGAGUUGUUGUAGAUACACUGAAAAUUGUUGAUCCUCAUAGAAAAUGUUACAGGAUGGUAGGCGGAAUAUUAUGUGAACGUACCGUACAAGAAAUUAUGCCUGUUCUUCUUGGAAAUAAAGAUCAGCUCAUGAAUGUUAUAAAAUCUUUAAAAGAACAACUUUCUAAAAAAGGUUCAGAAAUAAAUGAUUACAAAAAAAAAUACAAGAUACGUAUAAAAAUGCAAGACUAUAAACAAAAACAAGAAAAUUUUACUGAAUCGAAGAGAAAUGCUGUUGUAGUUUUAUAAAUAAGAAUAAAAUAAAAAUAUUCGAAACCUA